CAAACGACGAGCAACAACUCGACGCACGGAGAGAAUAAAACGAAUAAUUGCACGAAAAGUUAAUUACAAGCCGCAGACUUGGAGUACUACGUGACCGCAUUAAAGGCAACUAGCGCCGAUUAUAUAGUGAAAUUACGCAAAAAUCGUCGACGCGAAACGAGGCAACAUGCUAAGAUUGGCAAUAGCAAUACUUGUGACAGCCGCGCUGCAACCGGUCAUGUCACAAUUGCCGCACAGCGCAGGACUAGCAUCCCAACAAGGCUUGGCACGUCUGCUAUUCACCUCGCGACUUACGGCGCUGAACCCGCAAGUGUCGGUGGCGUGUUUCACCGAUUACAUCGGGCAUUCAAAUUCGAUCAGCGAAGCUUACGGUCAGGACUACAAGCAAUGCCUGCUCGAAGCGAGCGAGGAACGCAAACAAAUUGAUGGGGAUUCGGCGAAAGAGCGGCAGGAAGUUGUGGAUGCAGCCGAGGCGGUAUGCAGCAGCUUACGCGUUUGUAAUGAGCUCAACAAUACUUUGGAACUGUUCAACUGUCACACGAAAAUUGGCAGUGCGAAUACCAAGGCCACAUACAGCAUAUCGGGUAAUGCCUCCGAACAUGCGACCGUGUUACAAGAGCGCUAUCGUCGCAUCGAAUUGCAUCAUCAGCAGUGUUGCCAACGCGCUGAGCGCCGUUAUGUGGCGGAUACUGCAAGUAACUAUAACUACUUGCAGGCCUGUCUGGAUGGACAGGUGCAGCCAACCACAAGUUCCACCACAACAACAACAGUACCAACGACUAGUUCCACAAGCACAACAACGACAACCACUGAGGCACCAGCACCACCGCCAGCACCGACGACGUUACCAUCGUCACCAUCCGCAGUCUACGAUGAACUAACGACCACUGAGCAGUCCCAAAACAUACAACAACAAGUAGCACAGAUUUUAAACUUGUUAAAUUGACCGCCGGUAAAAUCAAGGGAUUCUUCGGCGGUUAAACAAUAACAAAUAGCUAGUGAGGUUAAGCGAAUAGGAUUAUAAGGAAGAAAUAAACGAAAAAAUGUGUUGAAAAAUUAA